AUGGAAAAUCAAUUCAAAAUUUUGGACAGGUUCUGGUACCAGUACGCCAACAUUUUCUCCUUGGUGGAUUCCCUGGGCAUCCGCGAUGUCUUCACGCCCUUCACACAGUCGUCGUUCUACUCGCCCAAGGGCCUACAGUACGGCAGCGACCAGGAGGCAUACGACGCGUACGACAAAAUCUCAGCGCUGGAGUUGUUCCGCUCUGCGGGGGUAUCCCGGCGGUUGUACGACGAGUUCCUGGAGCCCAUGUUGCUAGUGACAUUGUUCGCUCCGGGCUACAAGCUGUCGGCUGCUGCUGCUCUAGAUGCGCUCUACUACUUCGCACUCGCGCACCAGCCCGAUUUCGACACGCGGUGGUGUCGGGGUUCGGUUUCGGAGCGCAUCCUGACCCCCUUCGUGGAGCGGCUCAAGUCCCGCGGGGUGGUGGUUCUGGGCUCUCGUAAGGUCGUGGGGCUGCAGGAGGCGCCGGAGGUCCGGACGGGCAGGCAGGGCAGGCUCCGUGUCAGCACCCCGGACGGGGGCGCUGAGGACUGGCGCGCAGACGCCUUCGUGUUCGCGGUGGGUGUGGGCGCCAUGCAGCGCAUCGUGGCCGCCUCCCCGCCCCUGCUGGACCCCCCCUCCGCCCCCGCCCCCGCCUCCUCCUCCUCCUCCUCCUCGCCGAACAGCAGCAGCAGCAGCAGCAGCUCUUUCUUCACAGGUAUCGCCAACCUGAGCACCACCGACGUCGCGGCUGUACGGGUGUGGCUGGACGGCAGGGUGCGACCCGCCACCCCCAGUAACGUGCUGGUGGGGUUCGACCCCGGAGUGGGGUCCACGUUGUUCCACCUCAACGAGCUGCAGGUAGUGGGGAUGGUGGUUGUGGUUGUGGUUGUGGUGAUGGUUGUGGUGGUGAUGGGGUUCUGUAAUAGCGUGGUGAGCGUUAUGGAGGUGGUGAUGAUGGAGGUGGUGAUGGUGGUGAUAGUGGAGGUAGUGAUGAUGGUGGUGAUGGUGGUGAUGGUGGUGAUGGUGGUGAUGGUGGAGAUGGUGGUGAUAGUGGAGGACGAGUACCGCUCCCCCGACCCCUCCCAGGCCCCCUGUGUGGUUGAGGCGGACUUCUACCACGCCGCCUCCCUGCUCCCCCUCCCGGAUCAGGACCUGGUGGACAAGGUGGUACGGCAAAUGCUACCCGCCGUGGAUCCCGGUGUCAUAAGGCCCCGAGUGCUGGAUUACAGCGUCCUGAGGUUCCCUGGAGCUGUUAGCCUCUUCUCCCCCGGGUGCGCGGCGCACAUGCCCACUGUACGGACGCCGUACGAUGGGAUUUUCAUGGCGGGCGACUGGAUACGGCAGGGCCCCGGCACGCACGGAGCCAAGGGUCUGUGUCAGGAGAAGGCCUUUGUCACCGGUCUGCAGGCUGGCAACCACGCGGCGGAGGCGGUCUGUCUGAUGCUGCAAGGAGCAGAGGCGCUGACAUUCGCUGAAAUGUUGGAGUCACAGUUGCAGUGCCCGCACAAGAACCAGGGCGAACAUUACAGUGUCAAUGUCAUUACAGUGUCGGGGGCGACUGUCGUCGUGUCCGCCCGUUCAGGUUGAGCGCGAAGCGCCGGAGCGCUGCAUGUGUGUGAUGGCGGUGCGCAUGCUGCACCCUUGAAACCCAUCAGGUCACUCCCAUACUUAGCCCUCAAGCCAUCAUAAGGCAUAAGGCAUAAGGGCAUUCCCAAAAGACAUAACGUAACCCAAGUGGGUCUACCAGUGACAAGUGUCAUCACGAUUAUAGCACCAAGAGCACCAUAUUUCAAAUUCACGCAUCAUGAUAAAAGAUAGGCAAGUGCCCAUUUGGUUAACCAAAUAAGAGCGAAAAUGAUAAUGCCAAGUGGCGAAGUGCCAGAGCCUUAGGAAGUCCUAAGGUAAAUAUGCAAGUAUGCCACAACAAUUAGAGAUGAGCUGUCUUAAGUGCGGCCAGCUGGUGCUCAGUACCAGCCAGCCAGCCAGCCAGCAAGCCAGCCAGCAAGCUGGUGCCAAAACCAUGCCAACACCUGGCCUGGCUUGCGGCAUGGAUCCCACUGCUUUCACAACAUUUAUUAACCCACCGUACCACCACACUUAGUGCAACCCCUACCUCAAUGCCACGGUAAUUGUCACAACAAGACAUAUCCCCAUCCUUAAAGUCGGGGGAGAGGGUGCUAGAGGUGAAGGUUCUCGGGUACUCAGCCCUGGAAACACAAUUAAAACAGUGCCGGCAGGUAUGGUGCAAACACGAGCACUGGCUAUUGUUCCUCACACUCCCCCACUGUGUAUUUAACAAUUGGUAGUGAGCAGGAGUCCAAGUUGUUAGCCAGCAUGAAUCCUAAUUGAUGCGGUUCCUGGCGGGAGACGGCAGGCCCCGCCCACGACCUCUGAUCAUCCGGGUUGGGGGGAUAUGAGCAUCAAUGGUCGAGGACGUCCUCAACUGGCGGUGGGAUGGAUGUUUUAUUCCGGAUGUACCGCGGGAUGUGCAUCCGCCGAUCGGUUCUUUUCUGAAGUCGUAGUAUAACAAUCCCCCCAUCGUAGCCUUGUCAUGUAUGGCAAAGACCGAAGUGCAUUUGCGGCCUUCUGUCGUUAGAUGGCAGCUGGUGGCCUGCGUCAGCUAGAGCAGAAAUUGAUUGAUGGAAGGCAUCUUUGAUUCCCUAAAGCCGGUGAAGGGUCUGUCAGCGAUGUUUCCAUUGGCCGCUUAGGAUUGCCAAACAGUGCAAUUUUGGAAUCGCAUCGAUGUCUUGCUCGCGAAAAUGCUAUUCCGCCUUCUUGUAUUUGGUGUAGUGUCCCUUGUGGAGCUAGGAGUGUUUGAAGCUGUACAGUAACAUUUGUCAGCUGAUGAGUGCAUGCUGAAUAUCCAUUCCUUAAUAUCAGGACAGCAGAAACCUUUUUAUGCGACUUGAGUCUG